UACAUUCGUUUCGGGGUAACACUUGCCGUAAUCAUAGGAUAAGAGGUUAUGUGCACAUCCAUCAGUUUAUUUCGUGAUUUUAGGUGCUCGUAAAUAUGUUAUUACUUUCAUAGACGUAUUGUUUAUAAUUUCGCGAGAAUAUUAUUUGUGCAUUCGAUGAACACGUAUUUCCAGCUUCAAUUCAACUUUAAGUUAUUCUUUAUUAUAAAGAAACAGGUCGACGUUUUGCUUAGGAAGUCUUAAAAUUGUUGCAACCUUGAGAUCGGUGUAAUGAUUGGUCUUAAUAACUUGAAAUACUAUUUGUGUACUUUCUUUGAGUAUAAUGUUGUGCUUUACAUGAAGAUUCCUGAAUAUUCAAGUAUUUAAUAAAUAAUCUUUCACUGUGAUUAUGCUUCUUAUAUACAUGAAAGUUUAACUCUUAUGAUAAAAUUUUGUUCAUUUAUUUCGUUAUUUGUUCGAGAAAAUGUUUGUAGUGGCAAGAAAUCAUUUAUGUAAAUUUAAUAAAUUUAUUGUGAAUAAAUUUAUUUUUCUUCUGUGAAUACUUUAGUGAUACUUUAUGGGUUAUUUUAUAGGAAGGUAAGAUGAUGCAAGAUGAGCAUCUGGGUGGUCCAGCAGGACAAAAUGUAUUUAGUCAAGCGAUAGGAAGAAUAUCACAGGUAUAUCAAAGAUAUUUGGACUUAUGGACCCCCCAUGUAAUAUCAAGGUGGACAUUCGCUGUGUUUCUAUUACUUGUUUUUGUUCUGCGUAUAUUUAUUACACAAGGAUGGUAUAUUGUCACAUAUGCAUUAGGAAUUUAUCACUUGAAUUUAUUUAUAGCAUUCCUUACUCCUAAAAUUGAUCCUGCAAUGGAUUUUGAUGAUGGAGAUGGACCAGAGUUACCCACAAGGUCUAAUGAAGAAUUUAGGCCCUUUAUUAGGAGGUUACCUGAAUUUAAAUUUUGGUAUUCUGUAAUGAAGUCUACAGUCAUAGCUAUGAUAUGCACUAUGUUUGAUUGCUUUAAUAUACCAGUGUUCUGGCCCAUAUUAGUUAUGUAUUUCAUAACUCUACUUUGCAUUACUAUGAAACGUCAAAUAAAGCAUAUGAUCAAAUACAGAUACCUGCCCUUUACGCAUGGAAAACCAAAGUACCAGAACCACGAGGAUACUUCGAGUUUGCCCGUUGAUAAAGAGAUCAGCACGCACUCACCCACAUUAUCAUGAAGAGGAACACCACGU